AUGUCCGCGGCGGCGACGACGUCGCCCGCGCACCGCGCGCGACCGCCGCCGCCGCGCGGACGCGCGGCGCGACCGCGCCGCCGCGUCGCCGCGGCGGCUCGACGGCGCGCGGCCGCGAACAUCGCGGCGGGGGACGCGUCGUCGUCGUCGUCGUCCUCCUCCUCCUCCUCCUCCUCCCCCGCGAAGGUCGCCGUGUUCGUCUCCGGCGGCGGCUCGAACCUCCGCGCGCUGCACGACGCGAUGACGCGCGGGGACGUGCGCGCCUCCGUCGCGGUCGUCGUCUCGAACAAGCCCGACUGCGGCGGCGUCGCGUGGGCGAGACGCGAGGGCAUUCCCACGCUGACGUACCCCAAGCCCAAGGGAAGCGACGACGGACUACGCGCGGAGGAGCUCGUGGACGCGCUCGCGAACGCGCACGGGGUGACGCACGUGUUGCUCGCGGGGUACCUGCGGCUGAUCCCGCCGGAGCUGUGCCGCGCGUACGAGAACAAGGCGCGUUUACGUUUUUACUUCACUGGUCCCCGUACGACCGCGCACGCGCGGCGCGCGCCGUUCCUUCUCGAGGACUUCGCGUCUCUCUCCGCCCGCCCCUCGAUGCUCAACAUCCACCCCGCGUUGCUUCCCGCGUUCGGCGGCAAAGGCAUGCACGGCGACAACGUCCACGCCGCGGUCGUGAACAGCGGCGCGCGGUUCACCGGCCCCACGGUGCACUUCGUGAACGAGAAGUUCGACGACGGGAAGAUCGUCGCGCAGCGGGUUGUCCCGGUGAUGCCAACGGACACGCCGGAGGACGUCGCCGCGAGAGUGUUGGCGGAGGAGCACGUCGUGUUCGCGCGCGUCGCGAGCGCGCUCGUGGACGGACGCAUAGAGUUUCGCGACGACGGCGUGCCCGUCAUCGUCGGCGAGGACGGGACGAGGGAGUAG